CUCAAGAAUGAUCAAGGGAGAUAAAAACGUAAAACAUAAGAGAGCAAGGCGCGGAGAAGGCAUGGAAAUUGUUGUCAAGAAGCUGUGUGAUGACAUUGGCAGGCAGGCUGUACCUUUUCAAAAAGUCUAUCAGCAAACAACAUUGAAGCAGAGCCGCACGCAACGCAACGCAGGCGCACUCUUUGAAUCUUUGGCCAACAAGGCAUGAACAACGGGAUUGAUGUAUUUUACCGUAACUGCCAAUUCCCCUCCCGGCCCGUUUAAUUAAACCAUCCUCACCCAUUCCACCACAUGCCUGUCUUUUCUUUUCAGAUCUGUCUUCACUUCCCAAUUCCCAACUUCCACAGCUCAUUCGAGAUUUUCCCUCCUUUCUCCUCCUCUUCUCUCUUCUCAGUUCUGAAUUCCUUCACUCCCUGUUUCCGUUCUCUUAUCUUCCAAUCCCAAAUACUUCUUCUCCUAAUUCAAAAUUCCAAACCUUUACAACUCGAGCCGAACCAUUCCAACUGUAUCUGUUCAUUAUUCUUUCCUUUCACAUCAACCUCCUCCUCCUCCUCCUCCUCCUUCUUCUUCUUCUUCUUCUUCUUCUUCUUCUUCUUCUCUUCUUAACCCUUGGGUUUCGCACCACGAAAGUUCUCUUCUACAUUCCGUCACCUUCUUGUCUCCUCUCUGCUCCCCCACUCCCUUUCGCAAUUUUCCAUACAGGGGAAGAAAAAAAGAAAAAAAAGGAGAAACAAAGUUGGAAUCUUUUGAUCGUAGCAAAACGCUUUCAGUUCCACUCUUCAGUAAUACCCACUUCCCAGAUCUUGAUCUCUCUGCCAUUCUGCAAUCCAAUUCCCGGAAGCCCUAAAAGCUGCUCCCUCGUCCUAAAAUGAAGCACACCCAUUUGGUGGAAUUACUCGUAGCAUCAUCAUUUUCGGCCGUUGUCCUGCUCAUUCUCCUCGUAGUAUCCCUCCUGGUUUGCGUAAGGAGAAGGGGAAAGAAACCCCAAUACGACGUCGAAGUGACAGAGCAGGAGAAGAAGAAACAGAGUGGCGAGACGACAGGGACAGAGGAUUUUGUGAGGUUCCAAGGUGGGCAGGAGCUUACUGUCACCGACAUUCUCGACGCCCCUGGAGAAGUCAUCGGCAAAUCCAACUAUGGUACCCUUUACAAAGCCCUUCUGCAGAGGAGCAACUGCGUCAGGCUGCUUAGGUUCUUGCGGCCCGUUUGUACGGCGAAGGUUAAGGAUUUUGGUGACGUCGUUCAGUUGCUGGGUUGCAUCCGGCACCCUAAUUUGGUCCCUCUUUUGGGGUUCUAUGCUGGCCCUAGAGGCGAGAAGCUCCUUGUUCAUCCUUUCUUCAGGCGUGGCAAUCUGGCUCAUUUCAUACGAGGUGGAAAUGCCGAAUGUCACAAAUGGACAACCAUCCACAGGCUAUCUAUUGGUAUAGCCAGAGGCUUCGACUACCUCCACACAGGACUCCAGAAGCCUGUGAUUCACGGCAACCUCAAGUCGAAGAACAUAGUCCUCGACCGCAGCGGGUCGCCUUGCAUAUCGGAUUUCGGCCUGCAUCUCCUCUUGAACCCUACAGCGGCCCAGGAAAUGCUCGAGACAUCUGCAGCCGAGGGGUACAAAGCUCCCGAGCUCAUCAAAAUGAAAGAUGCAAGCGAAGUAACUGAUAUCUACAGCCUAGGUAUAGUGUUGCUCGAGCUGCUCUCGGGGAAGGAACCGGUGAAUCCAAAUCCAACUCCCGAUGAUGAUUUUUACCUUCCGACAUCAAUGAGAAACGCGGUGCUUGAUCGUAGGAUCGCAGACAUUUACCACCCGGACAUUCUUUUAGACAGUGGGAGUGAGAGUGAGAAUUCUGUCAGGGAAGAGUGCAUAUUCAAGUUCUUUCAGCUUGCAAUGUCUUGCUGUUCCCCUUCUCCUUCUCUUAGACCCAACAUCAAGCAAGUGGUGUGCAAGCUCGAAGAGAUGGGAAGAUAACAACAUCUGAAGGAGCAGAAGUUACUCGGUCUUUUGUGGGUAGGCAUGAAUGAAGAAAAAGUUGAAAUCUUUGGUUGCAGAAAGCCAGAAACCAAACCCUGGGCCAUGUUCCACAAGAAAUCAGGAAUUGGUGAUCGGCUUUUGUCGGGUCUUCUGGGAAAUGCUUUACGUGUCGAAAAGCAGCAUCAGACUAUACAGAAAAGAAAAGAUUGGUGCUUUAUCUGGUCCCAGAACGCAUUUGUAGAAGUAGAACAAGGCAUGCACGUUCAUCAGAAAGAGCCAAUCGUCAAACAGGAAGAAACAAAAGUGUCGAGUUUUCUGUCGUCUACCUGAAGCUAACAAAACCUUGGUGGGUUGAAAUAGAGACUAGACUAGAUUUGGGUGAUCUUGCUUGCCUUGUGUGUGGGGAAUGAUAUACUCGGCUAGCAAGUUUUGGUUGGCGGGUUUUCCUUUGUGGAAAACCUCCAAACGAAAGAGUCCAAGGGAGAGAAAACUUUGAGCACAAGUGCAGGGUAAGUUAUUUUAUUCCCUUGUCCUUUUUUCUUAUGAUAGCGACACAGAAGGAAUUAUUACCAUGUAAUCGACACAGAGUAGUAAAUUUGAAUGAAACAAGUGUAUAGAUUGAUUUGAUGAUCCAUGAACCUGCUCUGUUUCCUCUGUUUUUCUGUUGUUGCUCUCGUAUCGUUCCCGCCGUCUCAUCAUCGAGUCACUAUUUGGCUUUGUCUAUACCAUGUUAGCAAAUAAUAAUGUGUCGUACUCCUACAUAUCCUACAGAAUGUAUUAUCAAUAAUGCAUAUCAUGGUUUAAACAUAUCAACAAAGUUCAUCAAGGGAAAAACUACUCAAGGAAAGGGAUGUAGUAUGAUGAAAACUUAGGGGUGUAGGGUAGGAUUAUAACUCUUUUUAUUUUAUUUUAUAAUAGUGAUGAUAUAUUACUGCAACAAAAAGGAGAAUCCAACAAGGUACAAAACAAUUCAAGUUGGGAUCACAGGGAGUGAUCACAAGCAGAAAAAAAAAAAAAAGAGAAUCCAACAAGGUACAAAACAAUUCAAGUUGGGAUCACAGGGAGUGAUCACAAGCAGAAAAAAAAAAAAAACAGGUGGAGAAACGGGCGGAAUAGGUUAGGGUGGUUACUCAAUUUUGAGUAAUCAAGGUGGCUACCUACAUCUAUACCAUUCAUUAUCUUUAUUUUUUAUAUUUUUAAAUUAACGAUUAAGAUUAGCUAAGGGUAAUUUAGGAAAUGAAAAACAUACCACACUUGAUUACUCUAUAUAUUAUAUUCAAACCCUAAUACAACUUAUCUACCUAGCCGCCGUCUCUCCCUUCUCCCACCCCACAACCGGCAUCCCUCCCUCCCUCCGUUUGCAUAUCUACACACGAGUCCAAUUGCCAUUAACAAAUGAUAUACAGUCCAAAAUGACAGGGGAGAUGAGAUGGGAUAGCCACUAACCAGUCCAGUAAAUCGAGCAUCAGCUCCAAUGAUUCUGCUCUGCAAAUGGAUGACGAAGCAUGGACCAAAGCGAAUUUAUGUACCUUUUUGCUCUCCUGCCCCCCUCCGACCACCCCAACCCCAGUACAGCUCUCAAAAACCCAAACAAGCCAUUCGCCAGCUUCUUCUUUCACGGCCCAACCGGAGUUGGGAAAUCACUGCUCGCCGGAGCAUUAGCAAUGGAGUUCCUCGGGUCGACAGAUUCGCUGGAAAAGGUGGGAUGAAUAAAAACCCUAGAUCUGAUUUUUUCGUAUUGGUAGUGAUUUUUUUGUAGUGGUAGUGUUUUUUUUUUUGCAUUGGUAUUGUUUUUGUCGCAUUGGUAUUGAUUAUCAUGUAAUGGUAUUAAUUUGCGUGUAUUGGUAUGGAUUCAAUCUGCAAUGGUAUUGAUUUUUUGUGAAAUGAUAUAGAUUUAUAUUGGUAGAUUGUUUAUAUUGGUAGUUUUCGUGUAAUGGUAUAGAUUUAUUUCUGCAAUGGUAUUGAUAUUUUUCAAAGUGGUAGUGAUUGUCUAAUGGAUUGGUAGUGAUUUCGUGUUUUUUUUUUCUUUUGCAGAAGAUUGAGAAAAAUAAGGAAACGGGAUCUGC